AUGCUUAGUCAGUAUAUGAGUAUUUUACCUGAUAAUGGCAAGAAACCUUUUGAUCUCCAAUACCUGUGCCCGUCCUGCAAAAAUGUGUUAAGAGAUCCAAUACAAACCAGCUGCGGACACCGAUACUGCAGGUCUUGUAUAGAGGAGUUGUUAAGGUAAUUUCAAGCUUGAACCUCUCCCUCAGGUCAUUAGACUGAUCGUAAAUAUAAUUAUGUAAUAACAAGCAAACGGAAAUACGAAGAUGUUUCUGAGACAAGCACUUGGGGCGGCAAAUGAAAAAAUGGGAACAAACUUACCUUGAGCCCUAGCUAUAAGUUUAUUUCUAUUUCUAGGUUGGCGUUCAUGGAAUCUCAUAAAUAUCUUGUUAAUUAUUUUUCGUUUCGAUUUUUGAAAGGUCGUCUUCUGGAAAGUGUUUGAUCGAUAACAAACAAAUCAAAAGGAAGGAGGUAUAUAUAUGCUAGUCUCUUGUUCUUGCGGCUUGAUCUUGUAACGCUUUUCAUACAAAUCCGAAGCUUAAGAGGACGGAAAAGAACUUAGGCCUAGCUAGGCCGAACGUCGAACUUUUCAUGAGACGAACCAAACUUACUAAGUUAGGUUCAUGAAAAGCUCGACGUCUGGCUCAGUUAAGUUCGUUUGAAUGAGUUUGGAUCGUCCAACACGUUCAAUCCGUCUGCUUCAGACGAAAAGAACGUCUGAUGUUCGUCUCCGGGACAAACGUCGAUCUUCACAUGCGACGAACUAAUUAAAAGUAAUAAAUUAAAAAUUUGUAUGAUAAUGUAUAUUUAGGCUCGUUUGGCAGAAAAUGUAUUAAAAUUGCUUUUUAGUGUAAUUCAGUUGAUUGGUUCGACGCGUCCUAAGUUUGACGACUGACCCAACAGACGAGGUCGACCCAAAUUAGAGUUUGGUUCUCACCAUGAAAAGUUCGACGUUUGGCCUAGGCCUUACAUUGCCAACAAAACAGAGCAGAAGAUUUAGACUUCAGUGGUGUAGAAAAAAAGAGAACCCGCUUUUUUAAUCCCAUACAGUAGUAUAGAGCAUACUUUUAAUUCAGGUUAAAACUUCUCUUAUCGUAAAAUCACUUAUUUCUUAGAUUUUCGAGGACCAUUUUGCAAGACGCGAGAUUCUGUCGUUACCAGUCCAGUGUACCAACCACAGUGACGGCUGCGACUGGAGAGGGGAAUUAAGACAGCUAGAGGUAUGUUGUAUCACAUCAUCUAAAAUUUUCUACCGUUUCGGUUUUUAUAAAAAAUCUGAAAACAGGAGAUUCCUGAAAGUAACUCUACGAUAUUUUAGUUCACGCAAGCGUCAUUUGAAGUCGUUUUCCCGCACAAGACUGGAAAGUUAGGAUCGCAUUAAGUCUUAUUGCCUUAUACCCCUCCCCCCAAGUAAGGGAAUUUAAGACAGUCUCAGAUCCUGGAUUCCACGCUGUGGAUUCCGGAUUUCAGGUACUGGAUUCCACUCUUUGUCAGUAAAACUUAGAUUCCACUUUCCAGUUGCUGGUCAGAUUCCGGAUUCCUCGAGCUGUAUUCCAAACUCCAAAGCCCAGGAUUCUCGAUCCACAAGUAAAAUUUCGCCGGAUUCAAUUCCGGAUUCCACAAGCAAAAAUGUCCCGAAUUCCUGAUUCCCUUACACGAGGCGACGCUUCUGUCAGCCUUUGACCAGUAUUUUAACAUUUUUUUUUUUUUGUUUACUACUAAAGGUUCACCUGGAAAAGUGCUCAUAUGCAAAGGUUCAGUGUAUGCAUUCUGGGUGCGGAGCCUUAGUACCAAGAGGUGAUUUGCCGCGCCAUCUUACUGAAGAUUGCAACUUCAGGCAGGUUUUUUGUCAGCUGUGCAAACUAGAGACAACCGCUGACCAGUUAAAGGUAACAUUUAUCACUGUGUUUAAUUAGAUUAAGAAGCCAAUGACUUGGGCUAUCAUGGGCUAUCAUGGGAGGGGCAGGUGAUCUCCCGCAAAGCUAGCUGAAAACUUGUGAAUCUUUUUUGGCGAAGAAUCAAUAUUUGGUUCAAAAAAGCCUUCUCCUUUCUGAUUAUGACGAGAUACUGUAUUCCAGGGGUUCCGCAACAUGAUUAUAAGAUUAAUUAUGUUGGAAUAAAUAGUCCAAUAUUGGCAGGUUUCAAUUCAUGUUAUAUAAAAGAUAUUAAGUUACUCUGUCUUUGCAGCAACACCAAGAAACGGACUGUCAGGAGUACAUCGUGGAUUGUCCGAAGUGCUUCGCUGUGAAAAUGCCACGAAAACAGGUAAAAUUGCGAUUAGAUUCAAAUUCCAAAUUUCCUCCAUAAGGCUAAUUUAUUAAGCAACUCACCUCACUUGUAUUGUGCCACACAAUUAAUGGCAAUUCAGCCAUUGUUUAAGGAUAUAAUAAUCUGGUUUGGGAUAAAAUUAUGGUAGUUAACAUGGUGACUUCGAGCGACUUUCCCCUUUUUCAGUAUUGCCUUAGUAUGUUAAGAAUAGUAUGAUUAAGUAGUAUGUAUUAAGUAGUAUGUUUUGAACUAUAUCUCUUUAAACUUAACUCAUGCAUUCUUGGAAGCUCCCGGAGAUUCUUUGAACUGUUUUGCACGGCACUGCCGGUUGUGUUAAAAAAAGAUAAAUGGAAUAACAUAAUUUUUAAUAUUAAUGUACAACAGCUUUCAAGCCACCUGGAUCCUGUCAACGGAGAUUGCGAAGCUUAUGAGGCACCUUGUCCGUUCCACACCAUAGGAUGCCAGGAUGAAGAGGUUGGUCCUGUGAACACAUGCUAUUUUACGUUUGAAAAGCCAAUUUUUUUCCUUCCGCACUACUGUUAAAUCCCUUCAUCACUGUAAAAUGUAAAUACAUACUUACUUCGGUCUCUCAAGGAGAAAAUGAAUUAAAUUAAACCAUGAUAAUCUGGCUUCGGAUCCUCGAAAUACUUGGGGGAAAAGGAUAAAAUUAAAAUCCUGGCUUGAACGAAACAUUUGUGAUGAUAAACCACUUGGUCGGAAGAGAAAAUUAGUACGAUACUGACAAACAAAUUUUUUUGUUGUUCUUUCCCAAGACAUUCAUGCUUUCAAACUUGAGGCAUUCGUCACAAACUCUCUGUUUCAAGCUUACGAACGACGGAUAUUUAGUUCUUCCGUUUUAGGUACCAGUACUACCUCUCUGAAAUCAUAGUAUUUAAAAUCCUUUGCAAAUGAUCGCUAAGAGCAUAACAUUACUCAAAGAGAAAAAUAUUAUAAGUAAAUAAAAUUAAAAUAACGCCCUUGAACAUAGCUAACAAUAUGUAUUUUUUUUUUUGCAUUUUUAUAGCCAAGAAGGAGAAAAGAAAACAAGGAUCAUCAGGAUAAAAUGGUGACAAAACACCUUAACUUCCUCCUGUUAUUUGUGCAACAACUGUCAAAUUUGGUGUAUUCCAAGAUUAAUCAUGCAAAUACAUCAACGGAAAAAUACCGACUCUUGGAAACCAUGGAUACCACAAUUCACAAUUUACUACAAAAAGUAGAAAAUAUCAUAGUAGAACAGUCUGAAAUGUCGUUACUACUUCGAACCCAUGGUACACGUAUUAGUGAUGCUGAAAAGAGCAUUGAACGCCUUUUAAUGGAUAACGUGAUACCUGACAGUCAUCCCUUAAACUCCAUGCAUCAUUGGUCUCAAGACGAUAUAAGUCGUGUAUUGCAUAGGUUGGACAAUGCUGAUGCUAAAACAGCUAAUCAUGAAGUUCUUUUGGUUGAAAUGAACGCAAUGGUGCAAGAAAAGACCAAACAUGUCAAUGCCUUAGAAACUCAGCUUAGAAAUGCAAAUGACGAAAUUAGGAAACUUCAACGGCGAAUGGAAACUUUGGAGUACAAUUCAAGUCUCAGAAACAUCGCUACCGCUGAUUUAGAAGAACAUAUUAGACAGCAGGAGUUUUCGUGCAAUGAUGGUGUCCUUAUAUGGAAGAUCACCGAUUUUGCAAAGCGCAGGAACGAAGCGAUAACUGGUAAACAGGUGUCUUUCUAUAGCCCCUGCUUUUAUACUAGUCGCCAUGGAUACAAAAUGCGCGUGCGCAUCUAUUUAAACGGUGACGGCAUCGGCAAGGGAACGCACAUUUCACUGUUUUUUGCUGUCAUGCGCGGUGAGUACGACGCAAUACUCCGCUGGCCAUUUCAGCAGAAGGUUACGCUCAUGUUACUUGAUCAAAACAAUGUAGAACAUGUAAUCGACGCCUUUAGGCCUGAUCGCAACAGUUCAUCUUUUCAGAGACCAAGAAGAGAAGUAAACAUCGCCAGUGGAUGUCCUACAUUCUGUUCCUUAUCAGAGCUACAUAACCACGCCUAUGUCAAAGACGACACUAUGUUUAUCAAAGUUAUAGUUGAUACCUGCGAUAUAUAA